UGAAAUGGCGAAGGCUAACGACGCGGCCGAGGAUUUCGUGACGUGUGGCGUUUGUUUAUGGGAAUACGACGAAGAAAUCAGAAGACCCAAAUUCCUACCAUGUUCGCACACCGUUUGCCUCGAGUGCCUCAAGGAAAUACGACGAGCAGACAGUAUUACGUGCCCUUUCUGCCGCAAAGUUGUUACAAAAGACGCCAACAGUCCAGGGGCCGAGUGGAUCCUGCCCAACAACUUUUACGCCCUUCAGCUCCUGAAACUGAAUAAGCAAAAGGCUGUUUCACGCUCAAAUGAAGCAAAUUCACCGUUGAAGAAUAAGAAUAUUGAAGAUCUCGUCAAAUUAAAAGAAGAGCUGCUGAAAAUGAGAGACGCUGGAACGAAUAAAUUAGCGUUGGCCAUUCAGAAACGCAAAGAAAUUGAAGAGCAUUUGGAACUUGUCAUCAAAUCCAUCCGUGCUGCAGAAGAAGAAGCCAUCAAAUGCCACGAUGAAAAUAACUUUGGCCUAGCGGAAUUGAUUUCCAUCUUGGAGACAAACGCCAGACUGGGAUCCAAUACUUUUACGUUAGAUAAGGAAACAAACAUCUCUUCCGAAAAAGACUUUGUUUUGUUAGAGCUGCUGUCUUUGGUGGAAGGAUCCACAUCCGAAGAUACUGCCGAGGUGCUGACCAAAAAGAUGACCGAAUCUAUUGAAUUGUACGAGCGAAAAUUGACUGAUGCCACUGCCGUAGCUUCAAAGUUUGAACUCCGCCAGAAAACCAAAGUUCAAGUUCAUCUGUCAGACGAACGUCAUCGCCCCAUCCAGACCUGCGCCUGGUUAGAAGAAGGAUUCCGUUUCCAGCCUCUCGAUUCAUCUUUAAGUGAUGCUCAAGUCAAACAAGAUUCAUUGCUGAUCUAUCACGCCGUUUUCUCAGCUCUUGAACGACAAAAGAUUCCGUUGAAAAAUGUGCAGAAAUCAACAGCAAGUGCUUUACUACCCACUCCAACUGCACCAGUGCUUCCCACCGUAUCGGCCAAGUGCAAAUUCAUUCCGGGAAAUCUAUCGGCGAAAUUUAUUCUACGUCUGUUUCAAUCGGGUAGAUUAAAAGGCGAAAUUCACAUCCGUCCAGUGCCCACAUUCCAUCCGGAUUUUGUACAGAAAUUGGGCGAUUUUUGCUACAAAUCUCCGAAAAACUUUUCCAGCGUCAUUGACAAGGCCAUGUCUGGAGUGUAUGUCCAGUUCUCGAUGAUCCAUCCACAAUUCCAACCUGAAAUUCCCAGUAUGAUUGGUCACGGUUCUAAAUGGGAUCGCAGCUACGAUUCCUUUUUCAAUCUGACAGCUAACGAAGUCGAUGACGUCGGCAUCACUUUAGUCAAGUCCUCUGCCACUGGUAAAAUUACCGGCUGGAAUUUCGUCUUUGUGUUGGUGCCCAACGAGGAUUUCCAUCGCCACGACCUGCACGAAACGGUGACGAGCAACGAAUUCUUUGGCCGCGUGAUGGACCACAAGAUGUUGGAGCACAUGGUCAACUUGAGCACAGCCAGUAAAUACGAAAGAGAAAAAUACAUCAUGACCCUGGAAUCCCAGUCCUGAGUUGUAAAAGUUGUUCCCAGUUAGUGUUUAUAUCUUUCUCCAUUGAUGACGCUGCCAAAUUGGAUUACGUUGAAAUCCAAAUAAAAACGGGAAAUUUUAAUUGUUUUUAAGAGUUUCUUAUAUUAUAUAGUCAGUAUUACUAACUGCGUUUGGGUCGAUUACGACGAAGGUUUAAUCUCAAGAUAAGAUUUCCAUGUCGACAAUACUGAUAAGCGGAACAGUUUUUAGACAUUUUUUGAAUAAGCAAUAGUCGAAAAUGGCUACUUUGAGCGUUAAGUUAUUGGAAGAACUCGUCACUUGUAACAUUUGCUUAAACCAAUACGAUGAGGGAAUUAGGAAACCCAAAUUUCUGCAGUGCAGCCACACCAUUUGUCUCGAAUGCUUCCAGGCGAUACGUAAUAGGGACACUAUCGCAUGCCCUUUCUGUCGGACAUCCACAUCAAAUGGCCAUAUCUAUGAAAUCGAAUGGAUUCUACCCACCAACCAAUACGCUCUGGAUAUUCUCAGAUUGAUGAGAACUGCAUUAAAGGUGGAAGAGGAUAAUCAAUUUAUAGCUGCACUAGCCAUGAGGUAUUGUGGAGAGAUGGAGGAAGCCUUGAAUGAAGAGAGCAUAUUGGACCAGGAUCAAGAACAAGAGACCGAAACCGAUUCGUGUGAUACGAGCAAUUCAGAAACGUUCGAUCAGGAACUGAAAAAUGUAACUGAAAAACGUAUUUCGGAUUCUAUUUUUACCUUGUUUUUUUCCCGAUUAUACUAUGCUCUUAUUUUACUAUUUUGCAUAGUGUUGAUGUUAUUUUUCUAUUGCCUUCUUUUUAUAUUUGUAAGCGUAUUUCUUUGUGAUCACAGUGGAAUUUGUAGUGAUCUCGUCGUGUGGUUUAUCCAACACUUUAUAAAAUGGAGCGAUCUACUUACCCCAAUGUUAUGAAGAAUUUUAGUAAUAUAAGAAUAAUAAUAUCAGUUAAUACCAGUAAGUAAUACUUUUGGUGAAUUUACCUUUGGAACUCUUGUUUGCUUUGUGACAGAUAGCAACAAAAUUGGUUGCCAUUUUGUUUCUGAAUCUCACAUACUGUAAUUUCUUGAGAUUUUUUAAAUCGUAUUAUACCACAUCGUGGUACGUAGAUAUAGUUUACUCGGCAAAAUUAGAUUUCGAAUAAUUUUGUUCUAAUUUUUUCCCAAGUUUCAAUUUUCCCGCUCUUAUUGUUGUUAUAUCGAUUCAUAGAUGGCUCUUCGAUCUGUUUAUUUUUAGAAACGAUGUUGAAACGAAAUAGUUAGUCGUUCACUUUGCUUCUCUCGUGUUUUACAGUAUAAAAACCAUUUAAAAAACAUUAGAAACAUGGCUAUGGCUAACGAAGUAGAAGAUUUUGUCACUUGUGGAGUUUGUUUGCAAGAAUACGAUGAAGAAAUUCGGAAACCAAAAUUUCUCCAAUGUACCGCACGACACACGGCCUGCCUGUUGUGUCUCAAGGAAAUGCGCCAGGGAGACUUGAUUACUUGCCCUUUUUGUCGCGAUACUUUCGUCAAGUUUGAUGUUGAAAGUCUGCCAAACAACCCUUAUGCACUCCACAUGCUUAAAUUCAAGGGAAAAAAGGAAGAGCCACCAUUGCUACCAAAACCGGUUGAGAUUGUUACUACUCCUUUGGCAGUCAGCUGGUGUGUGACUUGUGGAUCGGCAGAGAAACCUGGAUGUGCUCCAUCUGGUCACUCAUCAGUUAACAUGACAGCUGACAUAAUUAGAAAUUUAGAAGCCCUUCUAAAAUUAAAAGAAGAACUGAUGAAAAUGAAAGACGUUGGGACCAACCAUCUGACUAUGGCAAUAGAGGAACGCCAGAAAGUUCACGAACAGCUUGCUCUGGUAAUGAAAGCCAUCCAGUCAUCUGAGAAUGAAAUCAAGAAACUUCAAGAUGAGAAUAGUUUUCACAUAGCCCAAAUGGUUUCUGUAUUGGAAAGAAACAAAUUGAAAACUGAUGUUGACUCGCAGGAUGGUCAAAAGAAAGAACUGUACUUUUCAGAGUUGAUGUCUCUGGUCGAAGGCUCUACCGCAGACGAUACGGCAGACACUCUCAAACAGAAAAUGACGCAAUUGGUCGAACAGUACGAACAGAAAUUUAAUGAAGCCACAGCUCUUGUAUCCGAAUACGAACUUUGUAAUAAAAUGAAAAUCAGCGUUCAUCUGUUCGACGAAAACGAUCGCCCUAUCCCGACAUGCAGUUGGUUAGAAAAAGGAUUUCGAUAUCAACCCAUCACUCCAGCCUUAAAAGUACCACAAAAUCAUCAAGAUUCAGUAUUGCUGUCGCAUGUCAUUUUCUCGGCAUUGAAACGACAAAAAAUCCCAUUGAAGUGUGUGCAGCAGCCAACGAACGCAAGCACAUCUUCUACUACGAUACCUUUACCGCCUUACGUAUCUGCUAGUACCUCUAAUAAGUUCAUCUUGGGGAUAUCUUCCCUAUUCAUCUUAAGACUCUUUCAGUCAGGGUGUCCUAAAGGUGAAAUCCACAUCCGUCCAACGCUCACAUUUCACCCUGCUUUUCUCCAAAAACUGGGCGAAUUUUGUUUUAAAUCUCAAAAGAAAUUUGGAGGUAACAUCGACAAGGCUUUGGCGGAAGUGUGUGUUUCAUUACCUAUGGUCCACCCACAACCACAAUUCCAGUCUGCUGUUCCCAAUAUACCGCAAUCCAACAGCAUUCAGAAAGCGUCAAAAUUAGGUGACGUUGGCAUCAUCUUCAAUAAAAACACGGUUUCCGAAUGGAGCUUCAUUUUACCACUGAAAGAAUUCCUAAAUCCCAAUCAAGCGGUGCACGUAAAAUCAGAAACAAACAACCAGCUCUUUGGUCGUGUUGUUAACCUCCAUGUGAUGGAAAGUAUGAUCCAACUCAGCAAGUCUAAAAAGACCGAUAGAGCGUGUUAUACCCUAACUCUGGAAUCUCAAUAGUACUCUGUUAUCUGCUUAUCUCACACUCCAAGGUUUAAUUACUAACGAGCCGUCUUGUUACAGUGUUGGCAAUAAUCAAGUUUUAUAAAGAAACAAUACACCUGAUUGGAUUUAUUAUAA